AUGGUGUGGUUCGUGUGCGACGACUGCGGCGAUUCGAUUAAAAAACCAGCGCUGAAGAAACACUUCAACAACUGCUCCGCCUCUCGAUUGAGCUGCGUGGAUUGCGGAGCAGAAUUCGAUCGAUAUGCGGUGCAAUUACACACGAAGUGCGUGACCGAACACGAGAAGUACGCGCUCGGGGCGACCAAGCCGGGCGGGAAGGCGAACGUUGUUUCAGGCGCUUCAACCAAGGCGGCGGCGACGCGAGAACCAGCUGUAGCACAAGCAGCAACAGCAGCCGCGCGAGAAGAGAAGGAGAAAAUAGUCGGUCGAGAAUAUCUGGCCACCGAAGCGCCGUGGAUGUGUUCGUGCUGCAACGUCGAGUGCACCGGGGCGGAAACGCUGAAGUCACACGCGCUCGGUAAAAAACACAAAAGGAAAGCAAAGACGCUUCGAACGCAGAAAGAGGAGGAGAAUAAAGCGAACGACGAGGGGAAACCGAAAUCGAUGAGUCCAUCAGCGGAAGAGGAGAAGAAGAAGAAGAAGAAAGAAGAGAAGAGAGCGAAGAAAAAGUUGGUGCGAUUGAAGUCCAAGGAGAAUAAGAAGAAGAUUUUAGAGGAGAAACUGAAAGUGGCGAAAGAGAAGAAGGCGCGGAAGGACGAGAAGAAGCGGAAGCGAGAAGAGGAAAAAACGGACGAGGAGAAGGCGAAAGACGCCGAGAAGGCAAAAGAGAGAGAGGUGAAGAAAGCGAAGCGAAUAGAGUUGAAGGCGGUGAAACGAGAGAAGAAGUUGGCGAGGAAGAAGGCGAAGCAAGAGGCGAAGAAGAACGGAAGAGGGAAGACGAACGUCGCCGCGCUGGGGACCAAAGAGAAAGGGGUGAAAAAAAAAAAGGUCAAGGCUAAGUAUUCAGGAGGCAAAAAGAAGUAG